AUGUCAGAUCUCUUCCAGAAGAUCACCGCCCCGAACGGUGUCACCUAUGAGCAGCCCCUCGGGUUGUUCAUCAACAACAAAUGGGUGACCUCCAGCAACGGCCAGAAGAUUGUCUCUAUCAACCCGACAACCGAGUCAGAGAUGGUUUCAGUUUAUGCCGCGACGGAAGAAGAUGUGGAUCUAGCCGUCCGUGCAGCCCGUGCUACGUUUGAGAGCGAGGCCUGGCAUGGCAUAGAUGGCACCAGGCGCGGUCAGCUGAUGAUGAAACUUGCCGAUCUUGUCCAGCGUCACCAGACAGUUCUUGCAACCAUUGAAUCAUUGGAUAAUGGAAAACCCUACAACAAAGCCCGGGGGGAUAUUGAUGAAGUGUGCAGUGUUUUGCGUUACUACGCCGGUUGGGCCGACAAGCACUAUGGCCAGACCAUCGAGACAUCCCGCACAAACUUCACAUACACAGUCCGCGAGCCUAUCGGUGUCUGCGGCCAGAUCAUUCCAUGGAACUAUCCCAUCGGAAUGGCUUCAUGGAAGAUUGGCCCAGCCCUUGCCUGCGGCAAUACCAUUGUCAUCAAGGCUUCGGAGCACACCCCGCUGUCAAUUCUGUAUUUCGCCAACCUGGUCGCAGAAGCCGGAUUCCCGCCAGGCGUUCUUAACAUCAUUAAUGGUCACGGAUCCGAAGCCGGCGCUGCCCUCGUCCAGCACCCAGAAGUCGACAAGGUUGCCUUCACUGGAAGCACGGCUACUGGCAAGCGGAUUAUGCAGCUAGCCAGCAGAACCUUGAAGAAUCUCACGCUGGAAACGGGCGGCAAAAGCCCACUGGUUAUCUUCGAUGACGCCCCACUCGAAGACGCCGUCAAAGCGGCUCACUUUGGCGUGAUGGGAAACAUGGGCCAGAUAUGCACAGCCACAUCUCGGGUUUUUGUACACGAGCAUAUCUACGAUUCGUUCAUGGAUGCGUUCGUCGCUUAUGUCACUAGUGUCAACGUCAUCGGCGACCCAUUCGACCAUCAUACGUCCCAGGGAGCCCAGGUUUCGAAACAGCAGUUCGAUAAGAUCCUCGCGUACGCCCAGGUUGCAAAGGAUGAAGGUGCCACAGUUGUUUUGGGUGGUACAGUAGCAGAGAACAGACCGAAUGACAAGGGGUACUUCAUCUCGCCGACUGUGGUGGGGAAUGUCACUUCCAACAUGCGCGUGUACCGAGAAGAAAUAUUUGGCCCAUUUGGCGUCUUCAUCAAAUUCAAUGAUGAGAAUGAUGUUAUCCAAAUGGCCAAUGAUACGGAUUACGGUCUCGCUGCUGCUAUCUAUACUCGUGAUAAUGCCCGGAUCCACCGCAUUGUGCCAAAACUCAAGGUUGGUAUGGUGUCUGUCAAUGCGACCAAUAAUAGUGACUUCCGGGUUCCGUUUGGGGGUGUGAAGCAGAGCGGGAUUGGGAGGGAGCUUGGACAGGCGGGAUUGGAAGCAUAUUCUAACAUCAAGGCCGUUUUGAUGAACAUCGCCUAG